AUGCCGCAACGACUCAUGCUGCGGCAAUUGACACGCCAGACGUGGCAGCUUGUCAAUAGGACCUCGCUUGCUGCGGUGCCAGCCCGCCGUGCCUUUGCCUCCAAGCCGCCGCUGCCGACGGUGCCGACAUGCCCGUCGCCAACGUGCGAGUGUGCAGAGAUGCCGGUGAUGCCAGAAGGCCUCGAGAUCGACCACAAGAGCCCAAUGAAUGGCGUAAUCGCGGGGUAUGCGGAGCAGGUGCUCAUCUGCACUGGCAAGGAUGACUGGCCUUCCAAGAUUGAGGAGGAGAACGGCGGAGACAAUCUGGCUGCUGAUUUGAAGGAACUGUUUGGCCGGGGCGGCACAUAUGCCGAUCCAUUCCACAACGUUGCGCUCGUCAACAGCUCACUGCCCAGCUCAGUCCCACCACGGGCCGAGGUGCAGAACACCUCCGUCUACCUGCUUCCCAGCUUCAAAUACGUACCGUUCCUGCCGCGCGUCUCGUUCGACCACGUCCAGGCGCUCGCCAAGGGCUACCUGCUGCCCGAGAAGCUGCACUCCGCCCACGGCGGGCUCUCGCCCGUGCAUCGCGACAUCCUCACUCGCAACGACGCGUAUCAGAGCCUUCUGCCCGGCGUCCAGGACGUGAACGAUAUCCUCGUCCUAAUCUGCGGCCACGGCGGGCGCGACAUGCGUUGCGGCAUCCUCGGCCCGCUCCUGCGCGACGAGUUCGAGAGGCAGCUCCGGCGCAAAGGCGUCGAGGUCCUACAAGGGCCGGUGCAGGUACAGGCCGACGCGGAGGCGCCGCGGCUGGAGGGUGUUGCUGGUCCGUCAAAGGACACGGCGAGAAUUGAGGUCAUUAGCCACAUUGGCGGGCACAAGUUUGCGGGCAACAUCAUCAUUUACAUUCCUCCGGGAAAGAAAAUGGCAGAUGGGUCGCCGCAUCGCUUCGCAGGCCACGGUCUAUGGUAUGGCCGUGUUGAGCCAAAGCACGUGGAGGGUCUUAUUGAAGAGACGAUAGUCAAGGGGAACAUUGUAGCGGACAUGUUUAGAGGCGGCAUCGACCCUCAGAGGCGCAUCUUGAGGAUAUAA